AGCACCGGCGCCUGCGCCCGCGCACUUGGCAUUAGCAGGAGAAGGAGGUGCAGCAGCGGGAGCCGCAGUAGCAGGGGUCCAGAGCGCUGCACCCGCAGCAGCAUGUGCGGGCGCGGCUGCAGCAGCGGCUGAGGCUGUCGGGUCCCAGGGGCUUGACGCGGCCCUAGCAGGAAUGUCCCGUGGGGCCCUUGUGGCCAGGCUGAAGGAGGCAGAAGCGCAGAUGGCGGCCCUUCGGCGUUCCGAGGCUCUGGCUCGCCAGCGCUGCGAGUACCUGGCUGACGGGGUGAGGGCGGGCCGCAGCGACAAGGGGGCGGCGGCCAGGCAGGCGGAGGCGGCCAGGAAGCUGGCGGCGCAGCACGAGGAGGAGCGGCGGCUGCUUCAGCGGCGUGCGGAGAACCUGUCGGCUUUCCUGCGCAAGGAGAAGGAGGCUAAGGAGGCUGUGGAGCGGGACCUGGCGGCGGAGCGGCAGCGAGCGGGCGGCCUGGCGGUGCAGCUGGCGGGGGCUCAGCAGCAGCUGGGGCACAUGAAGGACCUGCUGGACGAGGCUCGGCAGCAGUAUCGCCACUUCCUUGACAUCAACAAGCAGGCUGUGGAGCGCGCCUCCCGCUUGCAGGACCGCCUCCGCCGCAGCGGCGCCGCGCUGGCCUCCGCCCGCCACGAGGCGCACACCAGCCGCCUGGCAGCGCAGCGCGCGGAGUCCACGUCAGCGUGCAUGCGGCGGCUGCUGGAGGAGCUGUACAUGAGCAAGGCGUCGGGGCAGCUAGGGGCGGCGCUGCAGGAGCAACUGGAUACCAUGCUGCAACAGCUUCACCGACAGCAGCAGCAUCAACAGCAACCGCAGUCAAGCGCCGCCGCAGCAGCCGCAGACACAGCUGCUUCCGCCGAUCAUGAUGCCUGCUGCACCAGCCCCUCCGCCUGCUCCCCAGUUAGCCCGGCGCCAUGCAGUGUCGCCUCACCCCACAACGCGCCUCAUCCCUGUCUGAAGCAGCAGCCUGCGAAGGAUUCAGCUGCGACCCAGGAUAAAGCCGUACAUGCUGCAGUGGGACACAGAGCUGCCAGCAGAGGACGUUCCACCGGGAUGAAGGGGGCGGCUCCGUCGCGCCGUCAGCCGGUGCCGACUGCGCCAACGCUUGCGGCGGUUGCGGCAGCGGCAGCAGCGGGGGGAACUCAAGGGGAUGAGACUCCUGGGGCCCCCUUGCCGCCGGAUGGUGGGGCGGGUCCAGCUGGCAUGGCAGCUGCAGUGGCGGCACUCUUGGAAGCGGCUGCUACGACUACCGGUGCCAGGGAUGGCACGUGCGUAGGUGAUGGCAGCCGUCGUUGCAACGGAGGCGGUCCUAAGGAAACAUUGAAGCAGGCGCGGGGGCGUGCCAGGGUUACCACCGGCGCUGAGGACACGGGGCCAACUGACACCGACACGCCUGCCAUGUUUCAGCGCCUGCAUCGACGUCUGCAGGCGCAAGCGGGGCUUUCGGGUGGCUCCAAUGACCCACGGGUCGCUGGCGCUCCCGACCCGCACCUUGCACGCAUGCUUUGUGCGUCCGUGUCGUCAACACCCUGUCCAAGCACCGGUGGCGUGGGCCGCAGCGAUUAUGGGAGGGCGGCUUGUGCAAACGGCCAGCAACCCAACCGCCCUGCUGGGACAGCCGGCGUCGGCGGAACACAUGGCAGCAGCAUCCAUUACAGCCCUUCCGAAUCAGGAAGGUCGUCGCAUGUCGGAGGGCCGACAGCAACUCCUACAGCUGCCGUGGGCAGAUGCAAGCUGCCAUCGGGAACGUCCCGUGGUCAUCCGACACCAGGCGGGAGGCCCAAGUCCAGCCCAUGCGUGUCU